AUGGCCCUUACCAAGCAGACCGCGAAGAAAUUCACCAGAGGAAAGGCUCCACGGAAGCAGCUAGCUACGAAGGCCGCUCGUAAGCGUGCCCCAUCGGCCGGUGGCGUCAAGAAGCUGCAUCGUUACCGGCCGGGUACGUUCGCUCUACGUGAAAUUCGUCGUUACCAGAAGUCGACGGAUUUGCUGAUCCGUAAGCUGCCGUGCCAGCCGUUGGUGCGUGAAAUUGCACAGGAUUUCAAAACGGAUCUGCGCUUCCAGAGUGCUGCUGUGGCUGCUCUGCAGGAAGCCAGUGAAGCCUACUUCGUGGGUCUGUUCGAGGACUCGAAUUUGUGUGCCAUCCACGUCAAGCGCGUCACGAUCUUGCCUAAGGACAACAAGAUGGCUCGCUGCAUCCGUGGAGAGCGUGAUUAA